CAGUAUAAAGUCCGCUCAACAUCAACGGCAACACUGUGGAGUCAGUCAAGAGCGCCAAGUUCCUGGGGGCGCACAUCACAAAUGGCCUGACAUAGACUGCAAACACCGCUUUCCUCAUCAAGAGGGCCCGACAGUGCCUCCACUUGCUGUGACGGAUAAGGAAGGCAAAACUCCCCCCUCCUGUCGUCACCACAUUCUACAGAGGCACCACAGAGAGUAUCCUGACCAGCUGCAUCUCUGUAUGGAGCUGCACUGCCUCAGACCAGAAGUCCCUCAGAGAGAGGUGAGGAUGGCACAGAGAAUCUUCAGGACCCCUCUCCCACCUAAAGAGGCACCUCGGCACAGGACAAAAUGAAGACAGACUAUUCUUUGGAGAAGAAUGGCAAUCGAGACGUCUCUUUUGCCAUAGAUGGUGGGAGAUGGAGGUCUCUAUCUUUGGCCUCCAGUCCAGAACAUACGGAUACUGAUAAGAACAACAGUGAAAUACCCCACCGUUCCCCAUUCAGAAAAUACCACCAAAGCCUUCAGACCCUCAAACCCUUCCGCUGGUCCUCCUCUCAGUCCCACCCCUUGGACAAUGCAGGUUUCCUGUCUUUUACAACCUUUGCCUGGAUGACCCCGAUAAUGUGGGAUAUGUACAGGAAUAGGCUAGACAUGAACUCUCUCAACCUGUCUCCUUUGGAUGCAUCCAGCACCAGCGGAGAAAGGCUACAGAGAUUCUGGGACGAAGAAGUGGCAAAAGUAGGCCAGGAGAAAGCCUCUUUGGUUCGUGUGAUCCUUCGCUUUCAAAGAACCAGGGUGAUUCUGUCUGUCAUGACCGGUGUUCUUUCCAUGGUGGCUUUGUUUCUGGGCCCGGCUGUUGUGGUCCAUAAGAUCUUAAACUAUGUUGAUGAUCCAGGGGAGUCCACGGUGUUCUAUGGUGUUGGGCUGUCCUUGGCUCUGUUCGCCACAGAGUUCUGCAAAGCCUACCUAAUAUCCUUGCUGUGGGCGAUAAACCUGCGCACAGCUGUCAGGCUGAAAGGUGCCUUCUCUUCAGUGGCCUUUCAGAAAGUCAUCUCUCUGCGGGUGCACAGCAACAUUUCAAUGGGAGAGAUGAUUAAUGUUUUGACUAAUGAUGGCUACAGACUAUUUGAGUUCGUAUUAUUCGGGAGCUUUUUGCUGUCCACCCCAGUGCUCCUUAUUGUGUGUGUAAUCUACGCAUGCUACAUUCUGGGCUACACUGCACUGAUUGGAGUCUGCACAUUCCUCAUCUUCUUCGCCAUACAGUUUUUCUUGGCCAAGCUCAUUAACAUUUUCAGAUGGAAAGCCAUGUUGAUGACAGACAGCCGUGUUCACACAAUGAAUGAGAUUCUCAAAAGCAUCAAACUUAUCAAGAUGUAUGCCUGGGAAGAUUCAUUUGAGAAGAAGAUUGCAGGCUUAAGGAAAAAUGAGAAGAAACAACUGCAGAGGGUCAAUUACGUCCAGAAUAUUAAUUCCAGCAUCACAAUCAUCAUCCCCAUCCUCGCCACCGUUCUCACCUUCAUAGUACACACUUUGUUGGGCUUAAGCCUCAAGAAUUCCGAUGCCUUCACCACCAUCGCCAUCUUCAACUCCAUGAGGUUCUGCCUGGCUCUGCUGCCUCCCUCUGUGAAGGCUCUGGCUGAGUCUGCUGUGUCACUGAAACGACUGAGGAAAAUACUGAUGAUCCAGAAUCCAGAGCCCUACCUGAUGCAGGGGAAAGACAGCGACUCGGCCAUAGUGAUAAAAAAUGCUACACUUUCCUGGACCAAAGCAGACAGACAGCCAGACCCCGUGCCCAGCACAGGCAAUGGGGUGGAGGGACACCAGGUGGAUGAGGUGUCCCAGAAUGAGAAGACCGAAACCGUGCCAACCCUGAGGAACAUCUCCUUCACGCUGCCCAAGGGCAACCUACUCGGUAUCUGUGGGAAUGUAGGAAGUGGAAAGACGUCACUGAUUUCCAGCAUUUUGGAACAGAUGCACCUUCUUCAGGGCUCCCUCACAGCCGACGGAACAUUUGCCUACGUUUCCCAGCAGCCCUGGAUAGUCCAUGGAACUGUUCGAGAAAACAUCCUGAUGGGGGAACCUUUUGACCAGGCCAAAUACGACAGAGUUUUGGAUGUCUGUAGUCUCAGAGCUGACCUGAAAAUCCUCCCAUACUGUGAUCAAACCGAGAUUGGAGAGCGGGGGCUCAAUGUGUCGGGGGGGCAGAAGCAGAGGAUCAGCCUGGCCAGAGCUGUCUACUCCAAUAAGGACAUCUUCCUCCUUGAUGAUCCCCUGUCUGCUGUUGAUGCCCAUGUGGGGAAACAUAUCUUUGAAGAAUGCAUUAAGAAGGAGCUCCAGGGAAAAUCCGUCAUACUGGUUACUCAUCAGCUCCAGUAUUUGGAGUUCUGUGAUGACAUCCUGGUUCUGGAGGAUGGGGAGAUCCGCGAGGCUGGAAACCACCAGGCCCUGAUGAGAGCCAACGGACGCUACGCUCAGCUGAUAAGCAACUACCAGAUGGAAUGGGCCAAAACUCCGAAAGACGAGGAGGAAGCCUCACCCCAAGACGCUGCCCAGCAAAAGGAGGUCGAGCCAAGAGAUCACACAGACAGUGGGAUAGUGAACCUGGCAUUUGACAUGUCAGAUGAAAAGGAUGAUGGAACAACGGCUGAACAAAAAACUGCUGUCAAGGUUGAUGAUCAGCUGGUCAGUAAGGAGUCCUCCACAGAAGGCGCCGUCUCUCGGAGAGUUUACCAGCAGUACUGCCAGGCAGCUGGAGGCUACAUUAUCACCUUCCUCACUAUCCUGAGCACCGUCCUGACAGUCGGAUCCACAGUCUUCAGCAACUGGUGGCUCAGCUAUUGGCUGGGGCAGGGUGAUGGGUCACCCAAUAGCACCACUUCAGACCAGGGGGACAUCUCACAAAACCCAGACCUGCACUUCUAUCAACUGGUAUAUGGCCUGCUGCUGGUUGUCAUGGUGAUAGUUGCCAUCAUCAGAUGCCUAUUCUACACUCACGUCACCUUGAAUGCUUCCUGCAAACUCCACAACACCAUGUUCAAGAGGAUUAUUGACAGUCCCAUGAGUUUCUUCGACACGACGCCAGCAGGCCGCAUUCUCAACCGCUUCUCCAAAGAUCAAGAUGAGGUGGACUGUGUGCUUCCCCUCCACAUGGAUUCUUUCUUGCAGCUUUCUUUAAUGAUCAUCUUCACAGUUAUCACCAUCUCAGCUGUCUUCCCCCCCUUGCUUUUAGCUGUGGUUGUUAUGGGAGCUUUGUUCACCCUCAUUCUCUUUAUAUUCCAGAGGAGUAUCCGUCAGAUGAAGAAGGUGGAGAACAUCAGUCGAUCUCCCUGCAUCUCUCUCACCACCUCUACCCUGCAGGGCCUCAGCACUAUUCAUGCCUACAACCUAAGAGACAGCCACAUAAAACUGUUCAAGACCCUGAAUGACAUCAACUCCAACCACUAUUUCCUCUAUUACUCUGGGACACGCUUGCUCUCGUUCUGGCUGGACUUCAUGACUUUGACCAUGACCUUGUUGGUGGCUCUGUUUGUAGUGCUCAGCAGUAACGAUUUCAUCAGUCCAUCCUUGAAAGGCCUGGCCAUGUCUUACACAAUACAGCUGACAGGCAUUCUCCAAUUUGUAGUUAGGCAGGCGACCGAGGUAGAGGCAAGGUUCAACUCGGUCGAGCGGUUACUGGAAUACAUCACGAGUUGCAAGUCUGAGACCCCCAGACACAUAAAGGAGGUUCAAAUCCCAGAGGACUGGCCAAAGAAUGGAUCCAUCAACUUCCAGGACUACAAGAUGAGGUACAGAGAGAAUACACCCAUUGUCCUGAAUGGGCUCAAUUUCCUCAUCCAAGCUGGAGAGAAGCUGGGCAUUGUGGGAAGGACAGGCUCUGGGAAGUCCUCUCUAGGCAUGGCUCUGUUCAGGCUGGUGGAGCCAGCUGCAGGAGCCAUCUCAAUAGAUGGAGUGGACAUUAUGGACAUUGGUCUGUGGGAUCUGCGCAGCAAGUUGUCCAUCAUCCCCCAGGAUCCUGUGUUGUUCAUUGGCACAGUCAGGUACAACCUGGAUCCCUUCAAUAGCUACACUGAUGAGGAGAUCUGGGCAGCGCUGGAAAAGACCUACAUGAAGGACUCAAUCUCCAGACUGGAGGGGAAGCUACAGGCACACGUGCUGGAGAAUGGUGAGAACUUCUCUGUAGGAGAAAGACAACUGAUAUGUAUGGCUAGAGCACUACUCCGUAACUCCAAGAUCAUUCUGUUGGAUGAGGCAACAGCCUCCAUUGAUGCAGAGACAGACGCUCUGAUCCAGAACACCAUCAAAGAGGCCUUCCAGGACUGCACCGUGCUCACCAUUGCCCAUCGUAUCAACACUGUGAUGCAUGCAGAUCGUAUUCUGGUCAUGGACAAUGGAGAGGCAGUCGAGUUAGACCACCCAGAUGUGCUGAAGCAAAGACCAGACUCUCUGUUCUCAACACUCCUCACAGCUGCUAACACUAUCAACAGUUGAACCCCAAAGGACCUGUGACACCAACCGCAACUCCAACUGCAAAUUGACGACUGUAACAUAAUAAUAACAAUAGUUAUUCAUUUACACAGCCAUCUCUUAAUCAGUAUUCUCAGGUAAUAAUCUGGAGUGGGUUGCUGGUAUCAGGUGUAAAUGAGCCGCAGAGAUGUGGUUUAAUUAAUGCAGUUUUCACCUUUCAAACUAUGUCCGUAGCGGUACAUUUAUCUCACCUGUUUACUGAAACAAAUAAAUGGACAUUGUUUUUCAUGGGCCUUUCAUAGGAGUGGAUAAGAUCUUUCAUGUUUAUUUAAAACAUAUUAUUUAUUGAUUUUCUAUGUCUUUGCCGCCACUUUGCAAACAACUACAUGUGAAGUUUCAGUCUGCUGUGUGAAUAUGUACUACAUAUGCUUUUUGAAAUAAAUACUGAAUUAAAGAACUAUAUAUAGAAAACUCUUAUCAAAUUAGCUGAUUGCAGACAUACAG